ACCAUGGUAGGGAGGAGGGGAAUGGAAGGGAGGGGGGCAGGGAGAGCAUGGGCGCUGAAGAGCAUGUGUAGCAUGCUGAUAGUUGUUAGCCUGUCGGAAGGACUAGGAAGCUCCAUCGGCCCCUUCCAGGCUGCUCACGUUCCAGCUCAAGCGAAGGCAAUCAUGAUGGAGGCCAGCGGAACGACAACCGCAUUCGGAUAUAGUGGAGAGGGACUGAACCUGAGAGGAGGCGGCAUCAAAGCUCAGAAAAGAUCAGCGUCAAACAAGCGGAAGGGAUCCGCUAGUCGAUCACGCUCUCUCGGGAGUAAUGGUGUCAAGAAGAAGAAGUCGCUCAAGAAAAAGCAGCCCAGCUACAACCUGCCCAAAGAUGGAUGGUUCAACAAGAUCAAGAAACCCGAGCUGCAAAGGCCAAAGAUCUCAAUGAAGGGUAGUGCAAAGGGUCGAAAGAAACCAGUCUUUCACUUCUGGACCAAGUCAAAGACGAAACUGUUCAUUGCUCAACGAGUCAAGCAUGCCAAGCUUGUGAAGAAGAUGAAAGAAAAACUGCCAUUGAAGUUUAUGGCUAAGGGUGUCAAGAGGUGCAAGUGGGAGUGGCUGCCCUCCAUCCGUGAGAAGGAAAUCCUCGAGAUGGAAGAGAAACGCAAGGCGGAAGAAAGGCAGCUAUGCAAGCUGAGGAUGGGAAUGAGGGCGAAGGCGAGGGGGAGGGCGGUCAAGCAUGCCAAGCUUGUGAAGAAGAUGAAAGAAAAAUUGCGACAGAAUGUCGUCGGAGUCCGUCUUGACGCAGGUGAUCAGAUAUCGCACAGGGUACAUGGCGUCUUGAUGCAGCAAAGGAUGAAAAAGAAGAUCUCGGACGAGUGGGAGGAGAGAGAAUCGAGCCUGCUGCGACUGCCGAGCGAUCGCAGCGCCAUCAUCGACCUGGACACCACCAACGGCAAUGUACAAGUCAACAUCUCAUCUGGGCUCUUUCUUCAUGAGGUAGAGCCCAACCUUAUGCAUGCUGGAUUCAUCAAGAUCAAGGAGGGAUUGAUCCACGAGGCCCCGUCGGUAGGUCUUGGGUUUCAGAGUGUCAACGGAGAAUGGAAAGUCGCGCACAUCAAGCACAAGGUUGGCUCGGUGGCAGCCAAGGGCAUCUUACCGGGAGACACGAUGACGCACAUCGACGAGGAGGCAGUCGGAGGUCUUGCGAGCUUCUCGUCUACCACCUUGACGAGUCUCUCAGGCAUCUACGAAACUGACGAUUACGUGCCCGACCUCUACAGUGCGGACGUGUUCAGCGAGACCUCUGACUUCGACAGCUCGAGCGUCGCUGAGAUGUCGAUGGAGCGAUCAUGGAGGAGGAGGGAGAGGAGGGAGGAGCGAGACUUUGUCACGAUUCCUGACCUGCAAAUGGAGAGCUGGAAGGUCGCGCAAGCAGGAGGGAGCGAAGAGGAGGCGCUGAGGGCGGAGGUCAACCAGCUCUACGCGGCGCUGGGGGAGGCGAGGAAGCUGAACAAGGAGCUGACGAGCUCGAUGAACGAGAUGCUGACGCGGCUGCGCGACAAGUCGGAGAUGCUGGUGGCAGCCGAGCAGAACCUGGAGGAGAUGAGGCGUGAGGUGGAGGAGGCAAAGCGAAGCCACGAGGAGAUGAAGGAGCUCCAGGAGGCGACGAGAGGGCAGGAGGAGGAGUGGAAGAGAAGCGAGAUGGAACGGAUCAUCGCUGAGCUGGAAGAGAAGCUCUACAUCCAAGAGAACGAGUUCUCAAGGCUACAGCAGCGAGUCGUCGAGGAGGAGAGAACCUCCCAGCAACUACGGCUGCAAAAUGCGAAUCUAGCAGACGAGCUGAGGGUGGAAAGAGCCCAGCACGAGGUGAGAGACAAGCUGCUGGAAGAGACCGCGAAGCUGAAGGGGCGAGAGGAGGAGGCGAGAAGUGAGAGGAGGAGGUGGGAAGCCGAGGAGGAGCAGCUGAAGGAGAAGCUCGCGAGACUGGAGGCGCAGAAGGAGGAGCUGAACGGCAAGAUCAGCCGACUGCAAGGAAGCCUGCGAGACUUCGACGCGAUGAAGGAGACACUUGAAAGCAAGCGAUCCCUCGAAGCUCAUGUGGCUGAGCUUGUGGAGAGGAAUCACGAUUUGGAGGAGCAGCUCCAUCUCCUCGCCAUGAAGGAUGGGAUUCGGGAGCAGGACGUGCGGGGGAGGGAGGACGCGCUGAGGAUGCAGGUGCAAGAGCUGCUGCGGCAGCAGAGCGAGCUAGAGCAGCAGCAUCGGAGGGAGCACGCGAGGUGGAAGGAGAGGACGGAGGCAGCGGAGGCGUCCUUCAAGGAGUGGGAGGCGAGCGCGAUGAGGGAGAUGGCGGGGCUAGAGCUGAGACUGAGAGACUACGAGGCUUCUCCCUCCUACUCCCACGAGGUCCUCGCGGCCCUUCGCAACCAGGACUGGCCCGACAAGAUUGCGACAUGGCAGAAGCGCGCGGAGCUCGCAGAGGCGGAGGUCGAGGCUCUCGAGCAGAGGAUCCUCCAGCAGAAGCGAGCUCUUCCUCCCAGCUUCAGCCCUGCUGGCGCCCAGGUGGACUCCGAGGGGUCGGACUGGCUGUUCAACGCUGCUGGGGAGCCGCUGGCCCUGUCGUGGGACCUGGUGGCGCGAGUGCUGGACGACGCGGCGUACGGGGUGGGGAAGUCGAGGAGGGACAAGGGGCUGGAGCCGGGGGAGGUGGUAGGGCUGCUGGAGUCGCUUGUGAAGACUUGGAAGAGAGCUACUGGCCGUCGCUCCCUCCUCACCCCCUCCAUCCCUCGCUCCUCCUGGCGUCCUGGUGGGGGCGAUCAGGUCGCUGAGCUGUCGGAAGCCAUUGGAGAGCUCUCGCGCCGCCUGCUGUCAACGCAGAAGCUCGUGGAGGAGGCGAUCACUCCCUCUCGCGCCACCCCCAGCUCAGCUCCUGCUGGAAGCCGGCCGAAGAGGAUGCUGGGAGACGCAGGAGUGGGAGGAUCGAGCGGGAGAGCGACAGGAGAAGGAAGGCGGCGAAAGGAGUCGACGACCCCCAUACGGGAGGAGGAGGAGGAGGAGAUGCUGAGGACUGGGCAGAAGGAGAGGAGGAGGAAGAAGAAGAACGAGCCUGAGACACCUUCCAGGGGCUACAAGCCAGCAGAAGAGGACGCGCAAGAGUCUGGGCUGACAGAAGAAGCCUUCAUAGAGCUGCUCAAGUACAAGAAGAUGAUCCCGCAUCAUGUGGAGGAGGAAGAGGCUCUCCAGGCUUUCUGGGAGGUCAUCGAGAGCCGACAUGGCGGGGACGAACAAGACCCGCAGAUAACGUGA